AUGAAACAUCGCGGGUGGAUAUUUUGUUUCCUUCUAAUUAUCGGAUCAGUUAUUGCCAAAAUCCCUCGAGAAUAUGAAGAAGUUGUUAAUCAAGACAAUAUUCUCUUCACAGUCACAGAGCCGUAUAUGCUCGCCUACACCUAUCAAAUGAAACACGCAUUCAUGCUUGGAACACAUUUUCCGGAUGGUGCCAACAAGACUCUGAAGAAUUUGGAAAUGGUCCUGGCUGACCCAAUAAAUGGAUGCGAUCCUCUUCGUAACGAAAUCUACGCGCCAACAGUCAUUCUCAUGGAGAGAGGAGACUGCUCAUUCACAGUAAAAGCCAUAAACGGAGAGAAAGCUGGUGCUUCUGUCGUUAUGGUAACAGAUUCGCAAAACUAUGAAUUCGGAUUCCGUCAGUACUACGUCAACAUGAUACCCGACGAGUCAUUGGAUCGGGCGGAGAUUCCAUGUGUAUAUAUCGCUCCUGUCACUGGACGCUAUUUCCGAGACCACCUAGAAGAGGGAGGCACUAUCAAGUUGAAUCUUCCAGUCGAGAGAAACGACGCUCCAAUGGUUCAUCAUCAGAAGAAAGCUCCGUGGGAGACCUGGCCGGAAGAGGAGCACCUCUUCUAG